AUGAAUAACUCUUAAAAUAACUUUAAAUCUGAUCAAAAUAAUAACGGAAAUAUAAAGGUAGUAUGUAGAGUUCGUCCAUUUAACCUUUAAGAGUUAUAAUUAGGUCAAGUUCUAUGUGUAGAUUUUAUAGAUGAAUAUUCAAUUAAAUUAAAAACUUAGCAAUAAGAAAAUAAAAACGAAAAGAUAAUAUUUAAUUUUGAUCGUGUUUUCAAUACAGAGUGCACUUAGUUAGAAAUAUAUAAUUUCGCUGCUGAACCAGUAGUUAAAAGUGUUUUAGAAGGCUUUAAUGGUACAGUGUUUGCAUAUGGUCAAACUUCAAGUGGAAAAACCUUUACUAUGUUAGGAUCAAAUAUAGAUGAUAAUUAAUAUUAGGGAAUAAUUCCCAGAAUGGUAAAUACCGUAUUUAAUUAAAUAACUGACUCUCCUGAAUUUAUAGAAUUUCGUAUAAAAGUUAGUAUAGUUGAAAUAUAUAUGGAAAAAAUACGUGAUUUAUUAGAUACUAAAAAACAUAAUUUAGUAAUCAGAGAAGAUAAAUAAAGAAGUGUUUAUAUAUAAGAUGUAACUGAGCAUUACGUUUCUAAUGAAUAAGAUGUAUUUAAUAUUAUGAAGAUAGGAAAUUAAAAUAGAGCUGUAAUAGCUACUAAUAUGAAUGAAGGCAGUUCCAGAUCUCAUCUUAUAUUCAUGCUUACUAUUUCGUAAAAUAAUUUAAAUGAUUUAAGUGCCAAAACAGGAAAAUUAUUUCUUGUUGACCUCGCAGGAAGUGAGAAAGUAGCUAAAACAGGAGCAGAAGGUAGAGUUUUUGAUGAAGCUAAAACUAUAAAUUAAAGUCUUUCUAGUUUAGGUAAUGUAAUUAACGCUUUAACUGAUGGAAAAUCAACUCAUGUACCUUAUAGAAACAGUAAACUAACUAGAAUAUUGUAAGAAAGUAUUGGAGGUAACAGUAGAACUACUCUUAUUAUUACCUGUUCACCUAGCUCCUUUAAUGAAGCAGAAACUUUAAGUACUCUUAGAUUCGGAAUUAGAGCUAAAGCAAUAAACAAUAAACCAAAAAUUAAUAGGGAAAUUACAGUGGCAGAAUUACAAAUGAUUCUAGCCAAAACUGAAUUAGAACUAGAAGAUAAAAAAACAAGAAUUAUUUAAUUAGAAAAUUAUAUUUCUUAAGUAGGCUAAAGUGUACCAGUAUCUGCGAUCGAUGGAGUCGAAUGCUUAAAAGGGCUAUAAUAAAUUAAUGAUAUUGAUGAUUCAGAGAAAAAAAAUUUAUAAGAAAUUAAUACUUUAAUUGAGUUAAAUCAUAUUUUAAAAUAAGCUAUAUUAUCUUUUGCAACUGUUCUUAAUCAAAAUUUCCUUUAAUUAAUACAAAGAUAUAAUUGUACUGAUGAAAAAAUAGAAAUAAAAGAUUAAAUUGGAUAAUGUAAAUGCGCAGAUGGAGAUUAAUGUAUAUGGACUGGUGAUAAACCUAUAAUGGGAUGCCCUUGCAAAGCACCAAUUAAGUCAAAAGUAGAUUAUUUAUGUGUUAAAAAGGCAAUAAGAAACGGAUGCUCAAAUACAAAACUCGAAUGUUCUGAAAAAAUAGGAUAAUGUGGUUGCCCUGGAAAAUCUUAAUGCGUAUGGUCUAAGGAAUAAGAUAUAAUGGGAUGCCCUUGUGGAAAUCCUAAAAUGCCAAGUUUUGCAAAUUAAAAUAACAAUUAAAACGCUGAAUAAGAAACUGUUAAUAGUAAACCGAAAUUCUAAAGAGAUAGAUCAAAAUAAAAAAGAAAAAAAGAUCUUUGA